GCGCUGAGCGCCCUGCCUGCCCCCUCCCCCGCGGCAGAGCCCCACGAGAUCUGUGACGAGGACAGCUUUGGCACCGUGAUCUGGAAGGAGACCCCGGCGGGAGAGGCGGCCGCAGUCCGGUGCCCCCGGAACGCCACGGGCCUCAUCCUGCGACGCUGUGAGCUGGACGAGGAGGGCGUCGCCUACUGGGAGCCCCCCACCUACACCCGCUGCGUCUCCAUCGACUACCGGAACAUCCAGAUGAUGACCCGGGAGCACCUGGCGAAGGCGCAGCGAGGGCUGCCCGGGGAGGGCGUGUCCGAGGUCAUCCAGACGCUGGUGGAGAUCUCCCAGGACGGGGCCAGCUACAGCGGGGACCUGCUCUCCGCCAUCGACGUCCUGAGGAACAUGACGGAGAUCUUCCGCAGGGCGUACUACAGCCCCACGCCCGGCGACGUGCAGAACUUCGUCCAGAUCAUCAGCAACCUGCUGGCGGAGGAGAACCGGGACAAGUGGGAGGAGGCGCAGCUGAUGGGCCCCAACGCCAGGGAGCUGUUCCGGCUGGUGGAGGACUUUGUGGACGUCAUCGGCUUCCGCAUGAAGGACUUGCGGGACGCGUACCAGGUGACAGACAACCUGGAGGCCGACGACUCGUCCGUGUUUGUGGUGGGCACCGUGCUCUACCGGAACCUGGGCAGCUUCCUGGCCCUUCAGAGGAACACGACCGUCCUGAACUCCAAGGUCAUUUCGGUGACGGUGAAGCCGCCCCCGCGCUCCCUGCUCACCCCCCUGGAGAUCGAGUUUGCCCACAUGUACAACGGCACCACCAACCAGACCUGCAUCCUGUGGGACGAGACGGACGUGUAA